AUGGAAAUGAGGGAACUGGAAGGAGGAUAUCCAUUGGGAUUGUUCAAAUGCAAUGAAAAUAAGACACAGGAGCUAAUAAGACUGUUAAAACAGUUGACAGAGAAAUAUGUGCCACUCAGAAAUGGAGAGAUUUUUGAACCAGUAUUUUUAGGUGGUGACAGGUUGACUGAUGAAAGAGUUCAGAGUGCACAGACUGCAAUAAGUAAUGCAGACAGUCCAAAGGAAAAGUUAAAAGGUUUCAUAUCAAAGAUUGAAGAUUUUCAUAGGUUGAUGAACUUUUUAGAGGCUAUAUACAAACUGACAUAUAACACCGAAAGUGCAAGUGACAAGUGCACAAUGCACUACUACAGAAAUCUUUUAAAUAAUAUGAGAAAUGUUAAAGGAAAAGUAAAGAAUGCAUCCCGUCCUUUCAAACUGCUGUACUAUACCAUUUUAGAUGCAAUCUGCCUACUUCUUUUUUUGGACCAUUUAAAAAUGACAGAAACGGAGAAAGUUCUUCCGGAAAACUUCCAGCAUAAAACAAAAGAUGAAAAAAUAGCAUGGAUUAAUGACAUUUGUAGCAUAUUAAUCCAACAAUGGUUUUUUGAGGACACAACUGAUAUAUGUCAGAAUUUACGUGAAGUAGUUUUUGAUAGGGAUCACCCAGUGAACUAUUGGCUAGCUAACCUAGAAAAUGGACGCAUUAAAUGUCACUUCUGUCCGAAAUCUUAUGCAUACCUUGGAUCUCUUAAGUCACAUGAAAGCAAAGUUCAUAACCUUCCAGCUGAAAGGAAAAGUAAGACAGUUAAACCGAAAGACAAAGAUAGAGUUCAAGACUACAUUGCUUUGUUGUUUAAACUUGUGUUACUGCACAAAAAUUUGGACUCAGCUGUUGACAUGGGCAAUGGAGGAAGGUCAGUCCGAUCUGCAAAAUAUGAACUCCCAGUUUACAACAAAACAAAUAAAACGAAAUACUCUAUUGGUUCAAUACACCUGACUGCUCUAACCUCAGGAUUACUGCCAUCAGAUCAGGAAGAAAGUUUGAUUAAUAAUAGGUUUAUAAACUUGCAAGGAGGGAAAAAUAACAAUUUUGCAUUGGAUGAAUUUGUUGAAAUGCUCAAUAGGGAUAGUAAGGUAGCUUGCUCUGGACACCAAACAGUGGAGAGUAUUAUUGCACAUUCCAAAGAAUAUCCAAUCGUUAUAGACAUUACUAAGCACUUUGAUGCAAUUACUGAAAUCCAUCAAAGGAAAGGGUGUCAUCACUUGCCAUCAUACAAAGAAGAUGUAUUGAAGGUAAUGAAAGAGUUGCAAGAACUAAAUGUGCUGGAAAAUAAACCAGGACGCACAUUUAAAUGCAAAGCACUUGUUGUCGACAGAAAUCCAUAGGACAAUUGUUUUGAAGGAUUGUCAUCCAUGAUUUACCGCCACAGGCCACAUGUUCCAUUUAAACGACUGCGUGAUCCACACCUGUGAUGCA